GCGCGGCCGGGUCUUGCGCCCGGGGCGACCCCGGCGCCCCGCCCCGCCGCCGCCUGACUUCUCGGCGCCCGAGGUCGCGCGCGCGGAGGCGGGGGCGGCCCGGGAUCUCCAAGCGCCGCCGCGCCCUCCUCCCGCCCGCCCUCCGCCCGCCCGCUCGGCGGCGGCGGCGGCGGAGGAGGCGGAGACGGCUGGCAGGCGGCGGCCGGGAGAGCGAGCGCGGCGGCCGGACCGGGGCCAUGGCGCCCGCGCAGCGCCCGCUGCUCCCGCUGCUGCUCCUGCUGUUACCGCUGCCGCCGCCGCCCUUCGCGCGCGCCGAGGACGCCGCCCGCGCCAACUCGGACCGCUACGCCGUCUACUGGAACCGCAGCAACCCCAGGUUCCACGCAGGCGCAGGGGACGACGGCGGGGGCUACACGGUGGAGGUGAGCAUCAAUGACUACCUGGACAUCUACUGCCCGCACUAUGGGGCGCCGCUGCCGCCGGCCGAGCGCAUGGAGCACUACGUGCUGUACAUGGUCAACGGCGAGGGCCACGCCUCCUGCGACCACCGCCAGCGCGGCUUCAAGCGCUGGGAGUGCAACCGGCCCGCCGCGCCCGGGGGGCCGCUCAAGUUCUCGGAGAAGUUCCAGCUCUUCACGCCCUUCUCCCUGGGCUUCGAGUUCCGGCCCGGCCACGAGUAUUACUACAUCUCUGCCACGCCUCCCAAUGCUGUGGACCGGCCCUGCCUGCGACUGAAGGUGUAUGUGCGGCCGACCAACGAGACCCUGUACGAGGCUCCUGAGCCCAUCUUCACCAGCAAUAACUCGUGUAGCAGCCCGGGCGGCUGCCGUCUCUUCCUCAGCACCAUCCCCGUGCUCUGGACCCUCCUGGGUUCCUAGUCCCAGCCCCGCAGGACGCCGGCCCUGCCCGGAAGGCCCCGCCUGGACCGCCUGACCUCGGCCCUCCGGACCCGGCUGCGGCCCCCGCCUCCGAGACCAAAUAGAGACGCUGCUUCUCCCUCGCCUGGUGCCGCCCCCGCCGGGCAGGGGCCAUCCACCCGCCCCAGGACCAGCCCUCAGGGAGCGGACGGCCGAGAGCCCCCCCCCACGGAGGCCCGAGGGGCCGGGGAGUGGAUGCAGACCCUGGCCAAGCCAUCUCCUCUGGGGCGUCGGAGAACCCGGGAACCUCUUGGCGAUUUUUUUUUUUUUUUAGUGUAUUUUUCGUGGUUGGAUCAAAAAGACUUGAGUUUUUAAUUUAAUUUAUUCCCUGCCAUUGCAGCGGGGCGGGGUCCCUGUGCCCUGGCCUGGGGGAGGGGAACGCGGAACAUGGGGUCGGGAACACAGCUGCUCCCCUCUGCUCUGCACCCCACUUGUGGGGUCCUGGCUGCAGCCCACCGCGGACCCCCCUGGUGCUCCAGGUUGGGUGAGUCUGAGCCGGAAGGGGUACGUGGUGAGCGCCCCUCAUUGUGGCUGGGGAGACCUCAUACCCCAUCGCCCACCCCCGUCCUCCUGGUAAUUUCCUCCCAGACACUAUUUCGCCCCAGCGCCCUUCGGAAUCACAGUCCCGCCAUGUCUUAGAAACUCCUUUGGCCCAUGCAAACAGCCCCUACCCGUCCCCCUCGCCUCACACGGUCCCUCUCCGAGGCCGAGAAGACCUUCUGUUCCUGUAAAUACAGCCAGCAAGUGCAAACUGUGAUUUCAUUUUCCACGUAUUCCUGAGGACGGACUGGACCGUUUAUGUUUUUUCAGCCCUUCAUAGGGGGUCUUUUAUUUUGGUGGGGGGGUGGGGUGGACUUUUAGAGUAGAAGCUGCACUUGGCAAUAAGCUCGUGUCGUCUGUCAGAGCCCCUCUCUCAACUCUGUGACCUGAUAAUGUUUCUAAGAAAAAGAAAAAAAGGACAAAAGGGAGGGAACCUCUACCAAAAAGAAAAAAAGAAACUCCUCCCCGAAGACACUUUAAUGAAGGAAACAACGCAUUUAUACGGAUUUCAUAUUUCUACCCGCCUUUCCUGACUCUGUGUUUUAUAUAUAUUAUAUAUAAAUAUAUAUUGUGUACGGCCGCCGGCCGGCGGCUCGAGGCACGCCCGGUGGUGGGGGGUGGGCAGAGGGCUUUUGUAGGGGGUCGGCGGGGCGGGCCGCGUUGCCAGGCCUGGAGCUGGCGACCGGGCCUCCCUCUUUCCGUCACAAUCAACUUUGGAUUCUGUAUUUUUUUAUAAUAAAAUGAGCAUAAACCUC